AUGUUAAACCAAAAUGGUAGCACCAGAGUAACAGAAUUUAUUCUACUUGGACUCACAGAUCGGCCUGAGUUACAACAUAUCCUGUUUGUAGUUUUCCUUGGAAUCUACAUUGUCACCCUGUUAGGUAAUUUUGGAAUGAUCAUGCUAAUUAAACUGGAGCCCCGCCUUCAUACCCCCAUGUACUUUUUUCUCACAAACUUGGCUUUUGUUGACUUGUGCUAUUCCUCUAAUGCAACUCCCAAGAUGCUGGAAAUUUUUUUAUCUGAAAGGAAGACCAUUUCCUUUGCUGCUUGCUUUGUUCAGUGUUACAUCUUCAUUGCAUUACUGCUCACUGAGUUUUACAUGUUGGCCGCCAUGGCCUAUGACCGCUAUGUUGCCAUUUGCAGCCCACUACACUAUAAUGUGAGGAUGUCCAGGAGAGUCUGCAUCUGCCUGGCUACCUUCCCCUAUGUCUAUGGCUUCUCUGAUGGUCUUCUGCAGUCCAUCCUGACAUUCCGCUUGUCCUUCUGUAGAUCUAAUGUCAUCAACCACUUCUACUGUGCUGAUCCACCACUCAUCAAGCUGUCCUGCUCUGAUACCUACAUCAAAGAACACGCCAUGCUCAUUUCAGCUGGCACCAGAGUAACAGAAUUUAUUCUUCUUGGACUCACAGAUCGUCCUGAGCUACAACGUAUCCUGUUUGUAGUUUUCCUUGGAAUCUACAUUGUCACCCUGUUAGGUAAUUUUGGAAUGAUCAUGUUAAUCAAACUGGAGCCCCGACUUCAUACCCCCAUGUACUUUUUUCUCACAAACUUGGCUUUUGUUGACUUGUGCUAUUCCUCUAAUGCAACCCCCAAGUUGCUGGAAAAUUUUUUAUCUGAAAGGAAGACCAUUUCCUUUGCUGCUUGCUUUGUUCAGUGUUACAUCUUCAUUGCAUUACUGCUCACUGAGUUUUACAUGUUGGCUGCCAUGGCCUAUGACCGAUACGUUGCCAUUUGCAGCCCACUACACUAUAAUGUGAAGAUGUCCAGGAGAGUCUGCAUCUGCCUGGCUACCUUCCCCUAUGUCUAUGGCUUCUCUGAUGGUCUUCUGCAGUCCAUCCUGACAUUCCGCUUGUCCUUCUGUAGAUCUAAUGUCAUCAACCACUUCUACUGUGCAGACCCACCACUCAUCAAGCUGUCCUGCUCUGAUACCUAUGUCAAAGAAUAUGCCAUGCUAAUCUCAGCUGCGUUUAACCUCUCUAACUCACUUUCCAUAAUUCUCAUUUCCUAUGCCUUCAUCUUGGCAGCCAUUCUUCGCAUCCGCUCUGCUGAGGGAAGAUGGAAGGCCUUCUCCACCUGUGGCUCUCACAUGAUGGCUGUCACUUUGUUUUAUGGGACUCUCUUCUGCAUGUAUCUGAGACCACCCACUGAUAAAAAUGUAGAGGAAUCCAAAAUUAUAGCUGUGUUCUAUACUUUUGUGAGUCCUGUGCUGAACCCACUCAUUUAUAGUCUGAGAAACAGAGAUGUGAAAGUAGCUUUGAGGAAUGUGCUCAGGAGGAAUGUACUGAAGAAAAUGGUCUCAAGUAUAUCAUAG